GCAAUACACAAUGUAUAUAUAAGACCUAGCUUUUUCGUCGUUCAGGUAGGAAAUAUUGACCAGUUCUCUCCAUGGCUAUUUGUUGAGAUAAUUUCAGUACGAUCGAAUAUGUACAGGUUUUUUCUAUUAUCCCUGUUUGUCGCCGUGCAGUUCACUGCUACACUAUCCGACACACCACAACAGAUCGUGACCAAAUACAAAAACUAUCACACGAUAUGCAAUGGGCUGGGGUACGAAGAGAAAUCUUGUGCAAACAAAGGUGUUGUCGCAUUCCAAGCCGUGCUUCAGAAUUACAUAUCGGACCUUGGAACUUAUAAGACGGUUAAAUUUGACACAGUGAAGCUAAAUGAAGGAUCAGGAUAUGACGUCAAAACAGGAAAAUUCACUGCUCCGGAGGAUGGUGUGUACUCCUUUAGCUGGAAUGUUCUGGUUAAGUCGGGAAAAGUGUUUCAUACAGAGAUUGUUAAAAAUGGUAAUAUCAUUGCUUAUAACUACGCCGAUGGAAAUAUUGCGAAGAGUGGUUCGUUUCUGGCAAGCUCGUCCACGGUUAACAUCAAACUGAAGAAAAGAGAACAGGUGUGGAUCAGGGCACACAGCAAUCUCGGACAAUACAUACAUGGCUAUGCUUGGUCAUAUUUUUCUGGCUUUAAAUUGUAGUCAUCCUGUUCAAUUGACAAUAAAUGUAUGCGAGUCACGUAUAAAUACAUC